AUGCGACAUAUCCUUCAACCAGACAUGAAACAUCUUUGUAUUGUCCUCGCCGUUUUGCCAGCCAUAAUGACCUUCGACUGCGGAAUAUCUGAAGGAGACCGCCGUCUCAAUGAACUUGUGGCGCACGCUCUUACAUUGAAGAAACACUGCUUAGCUGCGCUCAAAGCUAGAAGAAUUGCAUCUGAUGACGGAGACAGCACCGAACCUGACACCGAAGUCGUUAGAGACGAACAGCCUUUCAGCACAAAUAUCACCGGAGACUUUUUGCGGAAAUUGGAGAGAGCAAGAGAUAAGCUAAAAGCGGACGAGACCAACAGCGAUGAGGUGAAAGUUGGGUGCUCUGCUGGUCGACCUCCGAGCAGAACUGUAUGUAUCCUCUGGAAACGAAACGAUUGAAC